UGUAACCUAGCAUUGGGAGCUUCUGCUCACAGGUUUACUUCACAGCUCUUGGGUGCCCCACACCAGGGUCCUCUCUUCCCCAAAGUCCAGAUGAAGAAGUUUCUCUUACUAAUGAGUCUUUAUCUGGUUGGAUCUGCCAGAGGAGCAUCAGGUCAGCCUGAUGAACCUCCUGGUUCUAUGGAUCAUCAAGCUUCCGUUCAGCAAUUUUCAGGUGGGUACUUUUCACUUGGAAACCCUUCAGAUGGUGAGGCUUUGUAUGAGACUUCUUCAGACGAGAGCAGUUUAAGUGAGCACACCUCAGGUGGGCACGCUUCAGUUGAACACGCCUCAGGUGAGCACGCUUCAGGUGAACACAUUUCAGGUGAGCAUGCUGCGGGUGAACACAUGUCAGGUGAACACACCACAGGGGAGCACACUUCUGGUGAACAACCUUCAGGUGAACAGACUUCUGGUGAAAAGCCUUCAGGUGAACAGACUUCUGGUGAACAGACUUCUGGUGAACAGUCUUCUAGUGAAAAGCCUUCAGGUGAACAAGUUUUGGCUGAAAAGCCUUCAGGUGAACAGGUUUCAGCUGAAAAGCCUUCAGGUGAACAAGUUUUGAGUGAGAAGCCUUCAGGUGAACAGGCUUCCGGUGAACAAGCUUCAGGUGAACAAGCUUCAGGUGAAAAGCCACCGGGUGAACAGCCUUCAGGCAUUCCACCUUCAAGCACACUUUCAGGCCCAAUAUUAAAUUGCCACACAUGCUCAUAUAUGAAUGAUCAAGGAAAAUGUCUUCGUGGAGAGGGAGUCUGCUCCACUCAGAAUUCCCAGCAGUGCAUGUUAAAGAAGAUCUUUGAAGGUGGAAAACUCCAAUUCAUGGUUCAGGGUUGUGAGAAUAUGUGCCCAUCAAUGAACCUCUUCUCCCAUGGAACCAGGAUGCAAAUUAUAUGCUGUCGGAAUCAAUCUUUCUGCAACAAGAUCUAGAAGCCUGUGCCCUUGCUUCCCGCUCUGACUCAGGCAGCAAAAAUUCUCCAUUACCCGACUGGGCUCAAGUUAUAUUGUUUCUCCCCCAGUCUAUAACUAACCACAUCUGUCUCCGCCUGAGUGUCAGAAAGGAUGUUCAAAUCCCUCACCUUUCCUCUCCUAUCCAUGCCCUAUAAGCCAUUCUUCUCUGUCAUCUGCCUUCCCUUACCCCAUCUCUCAACAUUCUUUUCUUUCUCAAUAAAUUCGUAUGGUAAAGAAUAUAGGCUGGCGACAGACUUCUUUUCCCAUUAGCCAGUUGCAGGGUCAGCCGGAGCUUAAAGUGGAUGCAUUUCAAAUCACUCCACCUUCCUCAAAGUGGAGGGGUCCCCCAGGGCAGAGACCACAAAGAGAAAUGCAAAGUAGCUUAAACAACACUGUGGAACCUUCUCUGAACCCCCUACCUUUCCAUCUCAAUAGGAACCCCACCCCUGUCUACUUGUCAGGAUGUCUAAAACUCACCUUCUUUGGCUCUGGAGAAUUUUCAGUAUUCAAGAGUCUACUCUUGAUUUUAACAAUAAAAUGACUCUUUUUAAAAAUUUA